AUGGCAGCUGCUUCUCAACGGGGUCUCGCUACACAGCUGUUGCAAGAUCUGAAGCGCUCGGACGUCCGCAUCGAUGUGAUUUCUAUGGGCUCUUUGGCCAAAGCAUUCGAACAUGAAAGCCUUUGGACCAGUGUGCUAUCGACUUUGGAUGCCUUGCGUCACCAUGAUCUGACCUUGAACCCCAUCGUGUGGAGCACCUGUGCCAGUAGCUGCCGCCGCCAGAGUUUGUGGCACUGGUCGCUGCAGAUCUUGCAGGAGCAUCAAAUGAAGGCCUUGAAAGUGGAGGAGUCCACCUACUGCCUGAGCGUCCAUGCCUGUGGAGAGAACACCGCCUGGCGCGGCGCCAUUUUCCUCAUUGAAACCAUGCGAAGCGCACGGUUGAGGAUCAGCGAACUUUUGUACCAGAACCUCCCGGGCAUCUUCUUGCAGCCACGCCGUUUGACACGAUAG